AUGCCGAAUCUGCGUGGAAGUGCUGGUUGGCGAAGUGAAACCCGUUCCAAUUGAUCUAAAAAGUUUAGGUCAAUGGGUAGAGGUCUUCGGACCUCGAUUUUUUGAAAAUAUUCAGAAUUUGCCUGCACCACAUACAGUUUGUGCUUGUCAUAUUGAUGACAUGGAUAUUUGAAGUUGUGGAAUUGGAGAAAGAGGACGAAUUCAUGAAGAAUCAGAGAAUCGAAAAAAAAAAGGAGAAACACAUGUAAAAACUGUAAGUUUUCAGAAUUGUAGAAUUUUUAGAAAAAAAUGUGAUUUCUUUUGCAGGAAGAUGUUGAAUCAGACAGAAAGGAGGAAUUGUUGAAGAAUAAGAAAAGCGAGAAGAAAAAAGGCAAAAAACAGAUGGCCGUACUCGACAUAUUCGAUCGUUGCAGAGUUUGUAGCAGAAUUAUGAAUGAAGAAACUAAGAGUAAACCAGUACCCACGGAUUUUGAGCAAUUCUCGAAAUGGGUAAAUGUCUUUGGAACAAAUUUUUUUCUCAACAUCUUCAACUUAUCUUAUCCUCACAGAAUUUGUGAGAAACAUAUUUUCGAAGUUGAUUGGAGCUAAGAUAAAUUUUUAGAUUGCAUUUUUAUUAUUAUUUGAAUAAAAUAGUUUGUUUUAAAACAUGACUAUUGGUUUUUCCUUCAAAAAACCCGGUGAAAUCACAAAACUAUUCUCCGAAACUCUAGAAUAAUUGUUCCACACUUUUUUCUGGAAAAAAAAACUUUUGGGUUACUGUAGUCUUAUGAUCUACAGUAAUCCGAAGACAUCAAUUUUAACGCUGAAAAAGCUGGAAUCGCUCAUUUAUAGCAUUUCCACCGUUUCGAGCGUGAAAAAUUGGUCUGAGACAUUUUUAUCUGAAAAUUGGAGACCCUCCAUCAUUCAAAGGGUUCCACUAUCUCCCUGAGCUACCAAAAUAUCUUCUAUAUCAAUUUUUCAAGCUGAAAACGCUGGAAUCACUUAAAAUGAGCAAUUUCAGAUCCACGUGGAAUAAAAUAAAGCAAAAUUCUAAGCAAAAAUUACUAUUCAAGAAUCAAUUUCUUCCAAAUACAGUUUACGAGAUUUUUUGAGAAAAAUAAAAGCACUCACCAUUUUUCCGCCAUUCCUCCGCCAUCUCCAAUCCUUGUUUUGUCCAUUUCAAUCAUUCUGCAAGAAAAAAUCAUUAGAAAUAACGAUUUUCCAGCCAAAAACUGGGAAAACACGAAAAAAACAAAAAGAAAAAUAAAUAAUUGUCCGAGAGAACUACACACAGGUGUGUGGUUUUCUAGGCCACGGCCACGCUUUGUCAGCAUUUUUUUUACAUUUUUCAAAGCGAAAAACACGAUUUGAAUGUGAAGAAAUGAGCCGGCGGGACAAUGUGAUUCGAAGCUCGAAAAGAAAAACGGAAGAUCACAUGUUAAAAAAGUAAGUUUUCAGAAUUGUAGAAUUUUUAGAAAAAAAUGUGAUUUCUUUUGCAGGAAGAAGAUGAACAAUGGGAUGGUAGAAAUGAGGCGGAAAUUGGAAAGAAGAAGGUGAAAAAAGAGAUGAAAAGAGUAAGUUUUCAGAAUUGUAGAAUUUUUAGAAAAAAAUGUGAUUUCUUUUGCAGGAAGAAUUGGAAGUUGAUAAGAGAGUUGUGAAGAAUCCGAAAAAGAUCGACAAGAAAAACGGAAUCGAAGAAGAUCAAAAAGCGGAGAGAAAGAGAAACCAAAUUUGUCUCUUUUGUGAAGCAACAAAACAACGCCACGAGAUGACAAAGAUACCGAAGAUAAAAGAGAAAAUCGAUAAAUGGAUCGGAAAUUUGGGAGAGGAUUUUGGGAAGAGAUUAGAUGAAAAUAAUUUGAAAUCCGCAUAUAUAUGCUUGAGCCACUUUCCGGGAAUGACGAGCCGGGGGCUAAACGAUGUGCCGAUGGCUCGAAGCGAGGAAAAUUUGGAACUGGCAAAUGUUGAAGAUGGAGAAAAGUUGUGCGAUAAGGUAAGUUUUCAGAACUUUAGAAUAUUUUUUAGAAAAAAUGUGAUUUUUUUUCAGGUGGAAGAAUUGCAUUUGCAAGAAAUUGGAGAAGAAAAGGAAAAGAGGAACGAGAUGAAGAUGGAGAUGUGGCAAAGAGACGACACUGGUAUUUCGCUGCUGGAUAUCUCACCCAAAUGCAGAGUUUGUCUUGAAGUUCUUGAUGGUGAAGCGAAGACAGUUCCAACUGAUCAAAAAAGUUUGGGUAAUUUGGUGAGAUUUUUUGGACCCAAUUUAUUUACAAAUAUUUUUAAUUUGCCGGGACCACAUUAUAUUUGUUGUAAUCAUUUUGAUGAAAUUGAUGUUUGAAUUUGAUAUUUGAUAUAUUUUUGUUAUUUGAAUGAAAUAUUUCGUUUUAAAACACGACUAUUGGUUUUCUCUUCAAAAACCCGGUGAAAUCACAAAACUAUUCUCCGAAACUCUAGAAUAAUUGUGCCACACUUUUUUCUGGAAAAAAAAACUUCUGGGUUACUGUAGUCUUAUGAACUACAGUAACCCGAAGAAUAUGAUCAUUUCAUGGAUCGUUCGAAAUCGCUCAAAAAGCCCGUUUGACACAACAUCAUAUCACUGAAGCCUAAAAAGCCCGGUUUUUGGCCUAUUUUCACAGUAUUUUUUGAAUCACUAAAAGAAUCCCAGGCUCUCUGAGAAUAUCUACAGUGCUUCUAGGAUACUGUAGCUUCACAUGAGGUUUUGAAUUGUUCUACAGUACCCUAGGGUUACUGUAGGUAGUUUUUUAUUUUUUUCAUUUUUUUUUGACAUCUCGUGAAUACUAUAAGCCUUUUUUCUUCUGCUGACAACCUUUCGGACGCCAUUGAUAACACCGAAAAAAUCAGAACAACAUCAGCAGGUGCUCAAAAAAACAACACAGAAAAAAAUUGGAGCCAGGUUAGAGAGCACAAAAUUGGACAGAAACACACGAGAAAAUUGAUAAGAAGAGGGGUUUCCUGUGUGUGGGAAAAAUGAAUAAAAAAUUGGGGGAUUUUUAAAUGCGAAAUUUCAAACUGCAAGGGGUACUGUAUUUCGAACUGCAAGGGGUACUGUAGUAUAACUAGUUCAGACAGGAAAUUAAAUAUUUCAAAAAUUCUGAACAUUUUAUAGAAUUCUCAAAAACCGUAUAGUUCUCUCGGAGAAAUCAAACCACAAUUCAGAACAGCGAACAAAUGUGAAAAGCUUCUGCUUCUGGCUGCGCGAGAAAAAAAAUGAACACAAAAUGAGCUCUUGGGUUGGGGUGUAAUUAAAAAUGAGGAGAAGCUUGAAGUCAUGAUGAAAUUCGAAAAUACUACAAAAUUCCCAUUGGAAAAUCGAGCUAUGACGUGGCAAAAAAAAAAGGUUUUCUUUCAAAACUUUGCAGCAUAUGCGACAAAAAAACCAUAAAUUUUCUCAAAUUCAGAAUCCACGUGGCACAAAACCUACAGUACCUAUUUUCGAAAAAAUUCUGAAAUUCCUAAAAAAAAUUUUGACGUGAAAAAAACGUGACCCAAAUUUUUUUCCAGCCAGAAAAUCUUCACCACUCCCCAUUUCUAUCAUCCGCGUCUCUUCCGCAAUGUCGCUUCCGCCACAUGCCGCAACCCAUUCCCGACUAGUUCAAUUCUACCGAUUGCGCAAAGAAAUCGCCGAUCUCAAACAGAGUCCACGUGGCUACAUCAAAUCAUUUCAAAAAUUGCACAAAAACAAGGAGGUCUAUAUUUUCAAGGUUCAGGGAGAUGGCGAGAUUUACGGCAAGUCGAUUUUGACGAUUUCUGUUGAUGUCACCCUGGAUUAUCCAUUCAAGACACAGAUUUUGAGAUUUAUUCAUCCGGUGAGUGCGAAAUUUGGAAAAAUCCGAAAAUGUUGA